AUUGGUGAAUUGUAGCCAAUAAGGAAUUUCAGUUUGUUGCUGGAUGGGUGGAGCCAGCGCUCUCCUUCGUGGCAGCUGUGUGUGGUUGGCUUGGGGCGAAAGCUUCCUCGUGGGGGAGGUUGAUUGUGUGUGUUUGAAACAGCCGCAGAGCAGCUAAUCGACGGAGAAAGGGCCUAAGAGUAAAAACCACCUUCAAAUGCACUCUGUAAAAACUCUGCUUCCUUCUCUCUUCGCCUAGUUCCUGGUGAGGCAAGUGCUUCCUGAUGCUUGCAGAAAGGAAACGCCCAUUAUUGUGAGCAAACAAAACGAAACAAACUUUGUUCCUGUGCUUUCCUGCAAGAAGACGCCAAUGGCUGCUCUGAAUCCUGAAAAAUCUCUCCAAGAUGAAGCCACUUGUUCUAUCUGUUUGGAUUAUUUUCAGAGUCCAGUGAUGAUCAUAGAUUGUGGGCACAAUUUCUGCCGAGACUGCAUUGGCCAGUGCUGUGAAGGGUCUGUUACCAAAGUGCUUUCUUGCCCUCAGUGCAGAAAACCUUUUCUCUGGAAAAACAUCCGGCCCAACAGGCAUCUGUGGAAUAUUGUAGAACUGGCCAAACAGUUCAGCGCACGAAGGGCUAAUGAAGCAGGAGAUCAGCGGUUGUGCGAAAAACACCAAGAGCCCCUGAAACUCUUCUGCGAACAGGAUCGAACUCCUAUCUGUGUGGUGUGUGAUCGAUCUAAGGUGCAUAAAAACCACAAUAUUAUUCCCAUAGAGGAGGCUGCUCAGGCGUACCAGGAUAAAAUACAUAAUUGUCUGCAGACUCUGAAAGAAGAGAGAGAAAAGAUUUUAUCGCUUAAAUCGGAGGUAGAGAAACCAAGCCAGGAUCUACUGAAAGAAGCCAAAGCAGAGAGGCAGAAACUUGUGGCAGCAUUUCAGGAGCUGCGUGAGCUUCUGGAGAAAGAAGAACACCUCCUGUUGGCCCAGCUGAAAAACCUAGAGACGGAAAUUGAGAAGAAGAAGGAAGAAAAUGCAUCUAGAUAUUCUGAGGAGAUUUCCCUUCUCGGUUCCUUAAUUGGCGAGCUUGAGCAGAAGCGCCAGGAGCCGCCAAGUGGACUCCUUCAGGAUAUUGGAGGUAUUUUGAAAAGGUGCAAGAAGGACAAAUUUCAGCCUCCAGUUCUGGAUUCUUCAGAAUUCAAGAGAAAGCUCAAAGAAUUUUCCCAAAAAAGUGCAUCGCUACAGGGUGACCUGAAGAAAUUCAGAGAGACUCUGAUUGAACCAAAGUGGAUAAAAGAGAACGUUCUGUUGGAUCCAUUGACGGCGCACCCUCGAUUUGUGGUGUCCGAUAAUCAGAAAAGUGUUGCAUGGGGAUCUUUCCGCAUGGACUUGCCCUACAACGCCAAGAGGUUUGACCCUGCCCGCUGUGUGCUUGGCUCUCAAGGAUUCUCCUCGGGAAAACAUCAUUGGACGGUAGAUGUGGCCAAUGGAACUUUCUGGGCUGUGGGAGUGGCCAGAGAGUCUGUAACGAGAAAAGGACAACUCAGUUUUAUUCCAGAGGAAGGAAUCUGGGCUGUGGGUUUUUACAAUGGUCAGUACAAAGCUCUAACUUCACCACCUACCUUUCUGAAUCCCAGGAAACAACUUAAAAAGAUCCAGAUCUGUUUGGACUAUGAAGAAGAGACUGUGACUUUUUGUGAUGCUGAAGGAGGAGGGCGCCUUGUUAAAUUUAAACCAGCUCAUUUUGCAGGAAAGAAAAUCUUUCCUUUCUUCCGUGUUGGGGAUAUAAACACGUGCAUCGGGCUGUGUUAAGUAUUUUGUUAUCUGUGGAACUUGACUUCUGAGCACAGCACCAAUAAAUGCUCUUUUGACUUUUGAGCACCCCCAAUAACACAAUAAAAGCAAAGCCACUCUCUGCCUAGUGCACUUUCCAUAUUUUCUAAUCCAGGAGUUCUCAAACUUGGGUCCCCAGAAGUUAUUGGAGAGCAUCAGGGAACAACAUCUGGGGAACCAAGUCUGAGAACCCCUGGUCUAAUAAAUGACUGUUUCUGAUUUGGCUCACCAGUUCCCUUUAUCAGGUUUUUCUGUGCACAUAAUAGAACAGGAAGUAAAGAAAUGACUUGCUUUAGCUAUAAAUUUUCCGUUUGAUAUGUAGCCAGGAUGUAGCUUCGCAACCUCAUUGUCUCUUUCAGCUUAGCCAGCAGACUAGAUAUAUGACGAGCUCUCUCUUUUUAAUUCAUCUUGUUCCAAGCACCUAGGCUUUAAAAGCAUAGGAGACUGAAAUGCAUACAAUGUUCAAAAUAGCUAGCUAGUCCAGCUUUUAAUGAAAAAGUACUAUCUUGCUCAUGGCUGAGCUGUCUUAUAGAAGAAAAUUCAGAUUCCAGAGUACAAAAUUCCCCAUGACAUGAAUGGUGCAUGUAUUUUAAAUGGCUAGCAAACUCAUUUUAAGAAUUUUGUUCUAGAUUUUUUUUUUUUAAUGUAACUUUGGCAUGAGAUCGUUGACAGGCAAAUGUAUAGACAGUCUGACUUACUGGAAUACCUUGCUGCCUUACAUCUGAAUUUCAAAAAUCAAUAAAUGUUGACAAUUUAUCCUUGA